AGACUGCGAUCCCCUUCGCAUUCCUGACCACAGCGCCGACCUUCUGCUGGCCGACCACGACGACAGCUGGCUCUUGAAGCCAUCAACCCCACAAAUUCUCUCCUCCUCCACCGCCUGUCCUACUGCAACCCCCCCAAUCGCAUCCAAUGUCGGAGAGCUAUGAUGUCGGCACCAGAGCGUGGCAGCCCGACGCGACCGACGGCUGGGUUGCGUCCGAGGUCAUCAAGAAGUCGGUAGACGGUUCAAAAGUCUUGCUUGAGUUCCAGCUAGAAAAUGGCGAGACCAAGAAGCUGGAGAUCUCCUUGGAGGCUCUCCAGUCUGGGAACGCCCCGUCGCUGCCGCCGCUCAUGAACCCGACCAUGCUCGAAGCUAGCGAUGAUCUCACAAACCUCUCGCACCUCAACGAGCCUGCCGUCCUGCAGGCCAUCCGCCUCCGAUACCUCCAGAAAGAAAUAUACACAUACUCAGGUAUCGUGCUAAUAGCAACCAACCCGUUCGCUCGGGUCGACUCGCUCUAUGUUCCGGGCAUGGUCCAGGUAUAUGCCGGGAAGCAGAGGGCUACACAAGCGCCCCAUCUUUUCGCCAUUGCCGAGGAGGCCUUCAUGGACAUGUUGCGAGAUGGCAAGAACCAGACCGUUGUUGUUUCGGGCGAGUCCGGUGCCGGCAAGACGGUCAGCGCCAAGUACAUUAUGAGAUACUUCGCGACAAGAGAAUCGCCCGACAGCCCGGGUUCAAGGGCCAAGAGGGGGCCCGAGGCCAUGAGCAAGACAGAAGAGGCCAUCCUCGCCACAAAUCCCAUCAUGGAAGCUUUCGGAAACGCAAAGACGACCAGGAACGACAACUCGUCACGUUUCGGCAAGUAUAUCGAAAUCAUGUUUGACAAAGGGACCAACAUCAUCGGCGCCAAGAUCAGGACGUAUCUGCUGGAACGGUCAAGAUUGGUAUUUCAGCCGCUUAAGGAGAGGAACUACCAUAUCUUUUACCAGCUGGUGGCCGGCGUGUCAGACAAGGAGCGUCAGGAGUUGGGCCUGCUGCCGGUUGAGCAGUUCGAGUACCUGAACCAGGGCAACAUGCCGACCAUCGACGGUGUGGACGACAAGGCCGAGUUUGUUGCGACCAAGCAGUCUCUCAAGACAAUCGGCGUGAGCGACGCGAACCAGGCCGAUAUCUUCAAGUUGCUCGCCGGUCUGCUGCAUUUGGGCAACGUCAAGAUUGGCGCAAUGCGGAAUGAUAGCGUGCUCGCGGCCACUGAGCCAGCCCUGGUGAAAGCUUGCGAGAUUCUCGGCAUCGAUGCCACCGAGUUCGCCAAAUGGGUUGUUAAGAAGCAGCUCGUCACGCGCGGUGAAAAGAUCACGUCCAACCUCACACAGGCGCAGGCCAUCGUCGUCCGGGAUUCCGUUGCCAAGUUCAUCUACUCGAGCCUGUUUGACUGGCUGGUCGAGAUCAUCAACCGGAGUCUUGCGACAGAGGAGGUGCUCAACAGGGUCACCUCGUUCAUCGGUGUGCUCGAUAUUUACGGUUUCGAGCAUUUCGCCAAGAACUCGUUCGAACAGUUCUGUAUCAACUACGCCAACGAGAAGCUGCAACAAGAAUUCAACCAGCACGUGUUCAAACUCGAGCAGGAGGAGUACCUAAGGGAGCAGAUCGACUGGACCUUCAUCGAUUUUGCCGACAACCAGCCCUGUAUCGAUCUGAUCGAGGGCAAACUCGGUAUCCUCUCACUGCUGGACGAGGAAUCUAGGCUGCCCAUGGGCUCCGACGAGCAGUUCGUGACAAAGCUGCACCACAACUACGCCGCCGACAAACACAAGUUCUACAAGAAGCCCAGGUUCGGCAAAUCGUCCUUCACCGUCUGUCACUAUGCUGUCGACGUGACGUACGAGUCGGACGGGUUUAUCGAAAAGAACCGUGAUACGGUUCCGGACGAGCACAUGGCUGUCCUUCGCGCCUCGACGAACAAGUUCCUCGGCGCCGUGCUCGAAGCGGCGUCGGCCGUGCGGGAGAAGGACGUCGCGUCAGCGAGCUCUAAUGCGGUGAAGCCGGCGGCGGGCAGGAGAAUCGGUGUCGCUGUUAACCGCAAGCCGACACUCGGUGGCAUCUUCAAGUCCUCGCUGAUCGAGCUCAUGAACACUAUCAACAGCACUGAUGUGCACUACAUCCGUUGCAUCAAGCCGAACGAGGCCAAGGAGGCCUGGAAGUUCGAAGGCCCCAUGGUGCUGAGCCAACUCCGUGCUUGCGGUGUACUGGAAACAGUCCGCAUCAGCUGCGCAGGUUAUCCUACGAGGUGGACCUACGAGGAGUUUGCUCUGCGAUACUACAUGCUGGUACCCUCAACAGAGUGGACUUCAGAGAUCCGGGAAAUGGCAAAUGCGAUAUUAACCAAAGCCCUCGGCGCUAGCACGGUCAAGGGCAUGGACAAGUAUCAGCUGGGUCUGACCAAGAUUUUCUUCCGUGCCGGCAUGCUGGCUUUCCUGGAGAACCUCCGCACCAACCGGUUGAACGAUUGCGCCAUCAUGAUCCAGAAGAACCUGAAGGCCAAAUACUACCGCAAGAAAUACUUGGAUGCUCGGGCCUCCAUCAUCGCGUUCCAGGCCACUACAAGGGCCUACAAGGCUCGGAAAUCGGCGCAGGAGAUGCGGACGGUCAGGGCCGCCACCUCGAUCCAGCGAGUCUGGCGCGGACACAAACAGAGGAAGCAAUUCCUUCGCGUCAGGGGCGAUAUCGUCCGCGCCCAGGCUGCCUUCAAGGGCUAUCUGCGGCGUAAGGAGAUCAUGGAGACGCGCAUGGGCAACGCUGCCCUCAUCAUCCAGCGGAGUUGGCGAUCAAGGAUGCAACUCCGGGCAUGGAGGGACUACCGCAGGAAGGUCGUCAUCGCACAGAGCUUGUGGCGCGGCAAGUCUGCUCGCAAGGAGUACAAGGUCAUCCGUGCCGAGGCUCGUGACUUGAAACAGAUCUCGUACAAGCUCGAGAAUAAGGUAGUGGAGCUGACACAGUCUCUGGGUAGCAUGAAGGCCCAGAACAAGGAGCUCAAGACGCAGGUGGAGAACUACGAAGGCCAGGUCACCAUCUGGAGGAACCGGCACAAUGCGCUCGAGGCGCGGACCAAGGAGCUGCAAACCGAGGCCAACCAGGCCGGUAUCGCCGCUGCCCGUCUUGAGGCGAUGGAAGCCGAGAUGAAGAAGCUCCAAGCGAGCUUCGAGGAGUCGGUGGCCAGCGUCAAGAGAAUGCAGGACGAGGAGCGGCAGCUGCGGGAAUCUUUGCGUGCUACGAACUCGGAGCUCGGGACUGCGCACGAGGAGGGCCAACGCCAAGAGGCCGAGAAGAACUCGCUUCGGCAGCAGCUCGCUGAGCUCCAAGAAGCACUCGAGCAGGCCCGGCGGGCUGUUCCCCUCAACGGCGAGCUUGCGAACGGCCACGUACCCGCCCCCGCCGCCCCGCCCGGCCUUAUCAACUUGGUGGCGGCCAAGAAGCCCAAGCGGCGGAGUGCGGGCGCCGAGGUUCGUGAGAUUGAUAGGUACAGCACGACCUACAACCCGCGCCCCGUCUCCAUGGCUGUUCCCGGCGGAAACCGCCAAACCACUAUGUCUGGCUCGACGUACAUCCCCGGUGUCGACAGCAUCGAGCUGGAGCUCGAGUCUCUACUUGCCGACGAGGACGCUCUUCACCAGGAGGUUACUCUGGGUCUCAUCCGCAACCUGAAGAUCCCGUCGCCCACGGGCAACCCGGCGCCUUCGGACAAGGAGGUCCUGUUCCCGUCGUUCCUGAUCAACUUGGUCACGUCAGAAAUGUGGAACAACGGCUUUGUCAAGGAGUCGGAGCGCUUCCUCGCCAACGUCAUGCAGUCCAUCCAACAGGAAGUCAUGCAACACGACGACGACGAGUCUAUCAACCACGGCGCCUUCUGGCUUUCUAACGUGCACGAGAUGCUCUCGUUCGUCUUCCUGGCCGAGGACUGGUACGAGGCGCAAAAGUCGGACAACUACGAGUAUGACCGCCUGCUCGAGAUCGUCAAGCACGACCUGGAGAGCCUCGAGUUCAACAUUUACCACACCUGGAUGAAGAUGCUCAAGCGGAAGCUGAGCAAGAUGGUCAUCCCCGCCAUCAUCGAGUCCCAGUCGUUGCCAGGUUUCGUUACGACCGAUAACACCAGGUUCCUGGGCAAGCUCCUGCAGAGCAGCAGCCAGCCGGCAUACAGCAUGGACAACCUGCUGUCGUUGCUCAACAACGUCUUCCGCGCCAUGAAGGGUUAUUACCUCGAGGACGCAAUCAUCAUGCAGACCACCACGGAGCUGCUCAAGCUCGUCGGCGUGACGGCCUUCAACGACCUGCUGAUGCGCCGCAACUUCCUCUCGUGGAAGCGUGGCCUGCAGAUCAAUUACAACAUCACGCGUAUCGAGGAGUGGUGCAAGAGCCACGAGAUGCCUGAGGGCACGCUCCAGCUUGAACAUCUGAUGCAAGCAACAAAGCUCCUCCAGCUCAAGAAGGCUACCCUGAACGACAUCGAGAUCAUUCAGGAUAUUUGCUGGAUGCUCUCUCCCAACCAGAUUCAGAAACUCCUGAACCAAUACCUCGUCGCCGACUACGAGCAGCCCAUCAACGGCGACAUCAUGAAGGCGGUCGCGUCUCGGGUGACGGAGAAGAGCGAUGUCCUCCUGCUUCCGGCUCUCGAUAUGGACGACAGCGGGCCGUACGAGAUCGCCGAGCCCAGAGUCAUCACCGCUCUGGAGACAUAUACCCCAUCUUGGCUACAAACCCCGCGCCUCAAGCGCCUCGCCGAGAUCGUCUCGCAGCAGGCCAUCGCCCAGCAGGAGAAGCUCGAGUACGGCUCCGAGAUGGGCGAGGAGGGCGAGGACGAGGGCGCGUACGAUGAUGACGGCCAGAGCGCCGGCGACAUGACCCAGGUCGACCAGGCCGAGCAGCCCGAGCAGACCGAACUCGCCUCGCGCCCGGCGAGCAUGGCUGCGAGCGCCGCUUAGUCGGCGGCCUCUGCUGCUGCUGCUGCUACUGCUGCUGCCGCUGCUGCCGCUGCUGAUGCGCGGCCCGACUCGCCCGUUCUGCCCGUCCCUGAAUCCUUGGUGCUGCCUAGGCAGAGAGCGAGGCAGAGGCCUGCUGCGAUGCUU